AUGGAACGAGAAAAAUCUCGCCUAAAAACCAAAUCCAACGUAUAUCGCGCACUGAUGGGCAAUGUUGUGAUAUGUGCUGCAAAAUUUGGAGCCUGGCUGAGUUCGGGAAGUAGUGGGAUGUUAGCCGAAUUCAUUCAUUCCGUUGUUGACUGCGGCAACCAGGCGUUACUCUUAAUCGGGCUCCGCGAUUCACGACUAGACGCUGAUCGCAAGCACCCUUAUGGCUACGGGAAAAGCGUUUACUUCUGGGCGCUUGUCUCCGCUUUAGGGACAUUCUUUUUAGGCGCCGGUGUCUCCAUGACACACGCUGUUGAUAAUCUUUUGAAUCCUUCGUUGCACGAUAUCCCUAUUGAGGUGUGGGGCGUCCUGGCGUUUUCGUUUGUUGUGGAUGGAUAUGUUCUGAGCAAAACAAUUUCCGAAACCAUGGCAACAAGACCCGCUACCACAUCCUAUUACAAGCACUUGGCGAACAUACGUGACCCGGCCACAUUGGCAAUUUUGUUGGAAGAUGGUGCUGCCUGUCUAGGUGUCGUGUUGGCCUUUGGGGGCAUCGCUGCUUCUCACUAUACCGGAAACGCAAUUUUUGACGGAGUGGCUGGUGUUGGCAUUUCGGCCCUGCUCGGUGUCAUGGGGAUUGCCUUGGUGAAAAUGAAUCAUCGAUUUUUACUGGGACAGGCGGUAGAUCGCGAAAUCACCGAAGAAAUCGGCAAGAUUUUAUUGAGCCGACGCAGCAUCGAUAGCAUUCGGUCGGUACAGAGCCAAUGGACUGGACCCGAAACGUUUUCUUACAAGGCGGAAGUCGAUUUUGACGGUACCUAUCUCGCCGCCCGGCUAAUGCCUAUCUACCAAAAGGAGUUUGUAAAAAUUCGGGACACAAUGGAUACUGAACUGCAAGUCAUGCUGGCUUUAUACGCUGAAGAUGUUAUGCGGACGGUAGAGCGCGAAGUGCGACAUGUAGAAGCCAAUAUUCGAAAAAAAUACCCGGGUGCGGAGUAUAUCGAGCUUGAG